CUGCCCCAGCCCAGACGCAACACCUCACUCCUUCCUGCGAGCCCCGAGGAUCCUCUCUCUCCCCAGCAUGGCCAACAAGGGUCCCUCCUACGGCAUGAGCCGGGAGGUGCAAUCUAAAAUCGAGAAGAAGUAUGACGAGGAGCUGGAGGAGCGGCUGGUGGAGUGGAUCAUUGUGCAGUGUGGCCCUGACGUGGGCCGCCCUGACCGCGGGCGCCUGGGUUUCCAGGUUUGGCUGAAGAAUGGUGUGAUUCUGAGCAAGCUGGUGAACAGCCUGUACCCGGACAGUUCCAAGCCGGUCAAGGUGCCCGAGAACCCCCCCUCCAUGGUCUUUAAGCAGAUGGAGCAGGUAGCCCAGUUCCUGAAGGCAGCGGAGGACUACGGGGUCACCAAGACGGACAUGUUCCAGACUGUUGACCUCUUUGAAGGCAAAGACAUGGCAGCAGUACAGAGGACCCUGAUGGCUCUGGGCAGCUUGGCAGUGACCAAGAACGAUGGGCAUUACCGUGGAGAUCCCAGCUGGUUUAUGAAGAAAGCCCAGGAGCACAAGCGGGAAUUCACAGAGAGCCAGCUGCAGGAGGGCAAGCAUGUCAUUGGCCUUCAGAUGGGCAGCAACAGAGGGGCCUCGCAGGCCGGCAUGACGGGCUACGGCAGGCCUCGGCAGAUCAUCAGCUAGAGGGCCAGGGUCAGCCCCGAGCCCCCGCUUCCCUGGCUCCGAUCUGCUUAGCCGCCUCACCCACACCUGUGUUGGGUCUCGGCCCUGGCCAAGCUUCCAGGCUGUCACUGGACAAAGGUGACUGCACACGGGCAGCUCCCCUCACGGCCCCCCGCCUCAGCCUGACUCCCUACCCCAGAGCACCGCUGCUGCCCUGCUCCCCACCCCUCCCCUGUCCCUGUCCCUGCCUCUCCCCAUCCUCGGCCAGGCAGGGGUAGCCUUGGGGGUGGGGCAAGCCCACCACUGUCCUUGGCAACAAUGCCUAUUGGCGGAGACUCAGCUCGGCCUCCUCCUACUUUUCCUGGAAUACUUUUGGGGGUGGAAAUUCAAAAAGGAAACAAAUAUAUCCAUGCCUUUUUCUC